AUGAAAACAGCAAUAGCUGGUUUAAUUAGUAAGUAUCUUGAUGAUGAGAGACGGAGCGAGUUGAUUGAAAGUGUUGCAAAGCUAUUGGAUGAAAACGAGGAGAAUGUUGAAUUGUUAAUUGAGCUUUUAAGCGUAGGUGACAAUAACAAUAGCUUUGAAAAAACAUCUUCGUCUUGUAACUCGUUAAAUGCAAUUGAACAGUAUAUUCAAAAGUAUCUUUUACAAGGGACGCACAAUGAGGCAAUAGCAAGGCUUGUUCAUGCUAUACCAGUUUUGCAACAAGGCUUUAUCGCUCGUGUGACGCGGUUGCUUUUACUGUACAUCAGCCAGUGUAAGAGCCAUUUUGAUCCUGCAUAUCUCCAAAUAUUUGAGUUUUCAAAGAGUCAAGAAACCUCCUCUUUUGAUGACGAGCUAUUACGUUUAUUAGAGUUAUCUGAUGAUGACGAGCUAUUGCGUUUAUUGGAGUUAAUGGAGGUGGUGUUCAAAAGUGAAAGUGAAGAUGAAGGAGAAACUGCUUAUAUCAAGGCAACCAAUCUUGAUCAUUUACUUUUGUUACUUUUGGGAAUUGAUGAGAAACAGAUUUCUGAUAAAGUUUCUUCCCUUUUACGUUGGAGAAUAGGUUCGUUGGCUAACGACAAAGAAGGAGAUUUCAAUCUCUUUUGGAAAGUUGUGUUUACGUUAAAGAGCUUGAGUAAACCAGCACAUUGUAUCCACCACUCGUAUCGUAUGUGGCUCCGAUAUUUAUCUUUUACAAAAAAUGCUAAAAUGCAACAACUAUUCCAAGAGGAAUAUUAUUGGGCUGGUAUUCAAACGGGUCUUUCAAGUGACUCACGCGAGAUUAGGAAAUUUGCUCUUUCGAUAUUGACAUUGACGAUCAAAUCAAUCAAUGUAAAUUUGCAAAAUCGGUACUUUAGAUGGAAUACAGAUGAGAAACAAUUUUAUCUAGAUGAAUGGGCGCGGUUCAUUACAUUGUAUGAAAUAUUGGCUAUUGACACAUCUCUACAUCAAGCAGAGGCAGGUAUUAAGGAUAUAUCAAAUUUGAUAUCAACUAAAUCAGCCAUACCACCAUCGUGGGGCUGGGGAUUAUUAGCGAUUGGAUUCAAGGCAACAAUUGAAUCCGUGAGAAAAUUCACCAUGAGAUUAUUGCUUUCAAUUCCACCAGAAAAUUUGUACUUGAUCAGGUCGGCAUUGUCGACGUUGGAGAAGGAUCUUUUACCAAACUUAAUGAUGGCGUCUCACUUGAAUGUGAGGACGGUUGAUGGUAUACCAGAAUGUGGAUAUGUGCAGAAAUUAAGGAAUUUCAUUUUCAAUAUGAUAAAGUAUCUAAAUGAUGAUACUGAUUGUCAAAAUGUCGCUUAUUCGAUUUUGAAAGUUUUGGCAGAAACAAGAGAUGGGUUUGCCCCAGCACGGAUAUUGGUCUUGCAAGGAAUGUUGGAGGGAUUACUGAAAAGAAAAGUUUUGCUAUAUGGAAUACACGAUAUUCCUUUGUUGGAACUUAUUGAAAAGGAAUCAGAUAGCAACUUCCACAAGACAUAUAUUCAAACUUUGAAUUUAAGACUACUAUUGAAUUUUGAGCAUGAUUUACCAAACUUUUUAAAAGCAUUAUCCAGGUUUGUUAAGUUUAAUGGAUAUGCUAUUUUGCAUCAAAACUUAUCUAUUAUUAGGAGUGCAGUGAGAGAAGAAGACUUGAUGGAUCAUGCGAUUACAAAUGAGAAAGGAGAGUGGAAUGAAGAUGAGGAGGUAUUGUUAAUUGGUCUUACAGGAAGAGCUGUGAAUACAGAAACCAAUAAGCCACUUUUACUAGCAAAGUUAUUAGAAGCCGGGUUUCUAGAGAUGUCCCCAAAGUUGACCCAUCUUUUUUCAUCAAAAGAUUCACAAAUAAUUGAAGUGCUAUCAAGAGCAAAGUUUAAUGAUGACCUUUCAAUCUCAAAUGAUGCAAUGAAGCAAUUAUGGAAUGAGGUAAUCUUUGAUUUGCAAUCCGCAGAUAUUGUCACAUUAACCAGUGCAUUGAAGAAAUACGUUUUAUUUAACAAAUUAUAUGCCAGUUCCAAAUUCAAGUUUGAGAAUUGGAAGGAGAUUUUGAAAUUGAAAAAGAAGAUGUUGGUUAAUGCCGAGGAAGUAACAAAGACUGACAAGUUCUUUUAUAAAGUAAAGGAUGAUCUUGAAGGAGAGUAUUUUGUUACUUUAUUCACAACUUAUUGCAAAGAUGGAGUUCAAUUUAAUGACAUUACAUUCCUUCUCGACCCAACAGCUGCCAGCAUCAAGGGUCGUAUCGCAAUAACGAAACUUAUCUUAUGCUACUUAGACUCAACAGAACCUCAAUCAAGAAACAACAUUGCCUAUAUUGUUGACUUUUUGAAUGAAAUGUGGUCCUAUUUGUCUUGCGAAAGGUUGAAUUUGAUUGAUAGAGAAUUACACAUUCUUAUUAUCAAAGCUCUUCUCCAUACGGCUGUUCUUUCAUCAGAAGCAGUGGCAGGAGAUGUAUUGAAAGAGUUUUGCAAAUCGGUGCUAUUGAAUUCAACAGCUAGGCGGAGUUUAUUUCCUGCUUUAGUCUCAUGUUUAGCUAAUUUCCAGUUGUACAAUUCAGAACAAUUUGAGAGAUUGACAUGGUUACCAGAGGUUCUUGUAAGAGCAAAUUUGGUCUUUCAACCUAGAAAUCUGUACUUUAAAUUGACCAACAUUUUAGCUGAAAUGUAUGAUAAAGAGGUUGCCUUGAAUAAAGAUUCGAAUAUAUAUGAAGAGAAUUUCGGCGUUGAUGAGGAAAGUUCUCGAGCACAAUUAAUGGCGAUUUUCAACUUGAUCAAAAGUGAAAGCUUUUCGCAACAAAUCUACAACUAUGUAAUUGGCAAUGCAAAGGAGUACGGCUUGUUUGAUGUUGUAAAGCGUACAGACAGUUAUGAGGAAUGGAACAGAUUGCAAGUAUACUCUAUCUUAGUCUCAAUAGUUGACAAGUUGGAAAUUGAUUUUGAUUUGUUCUUGGCUAGGAUAGAUGCUGACCCAAGUCCAUUGGUUAGAAUGUACAUUGAAUGGAUCAUUGCAUAUAACAUUCUUCAAAAGUUUGAGUUGGCGCUGAAGAUAUUCGAUCCGUUGGAAAAGAGAUUCCAAGAUCUCAAGCCUUCGGUGAUUACCUCUUACCAGAGAAUAUUGUUUCUUUCGAUUGUUCAUUUACCAAGAGAUGAGGAAGUUGAACAAAUGACAAAACUUAUCAAUGAUGUUGUUGUUGUUGGAGCUACAUCGCAGAAACGCAUGAUUAGGCAUUUCUCAUUAUCCAUGAUAAUCUCGAUAAAAAACGAGAUUGACAAAAAGAGCUUGCAGGUACCCAUUAAUGUCAAACACAUAAUUGACAACUUGAGUCAAGGUGCAGUCACAUCUGAUUCUUUUAGUCAAUAUCGAAGUGGGGACUCACUAAUUUGGAACAUCAUUGAUGAUUUGAAUUUGACCUCUAUUGCUGGUGGAAUCAUUCUUAAAGUAACAGAUCGUGAUGACAUUGACUUUAUCACCAAGUCUCAGUUUGAGAAAUAUUUGAGCGCUGCUCAAAUCAAAGCUUUAAGGCACCCUAUUGGAGAGGAUCAAAAGGAACUUUGGGCACGAGAGCAACAACAACAACACCAUCAUCAUCAUCAUCAUCAUCAUCAUCACUCUACACCAAAGAAAGAUAUAAUAACUCCUCCCUUUGAACUAGACGAACAAUUACCGUUGCAAACGAAAAGUGGAGCUUGGAACUCAAUUACGAAUAUUGAUGAUAGCAGCACGAACAAAGAGUUGAAAAGAAGUGAGUUAAUUGUUGCUGCUUCUUUAGUGGAUAAACCACCUAAUUUGGGUGGUAUCUGUCGAUUGAGCGAUGUGUUAGGCGCAGGAUUGCUUACAAUUCACGAUGCAGAAAUAGUGAAACAUCCGCAGUUCAAAAAUGUUGCAGUGACAGCAGAUCGCUGGAUGCCAAUGAUUGAAGUGAAGUUGGAGAAUAUUGGAGAGUAUUUGAAAGCCAAAAAGAGAGAGGGAUACACUUUAAUUGGAUUAGAGCAAACUGAUAAAUCAGUAGAAUUGAAUAGUGAUCUCGUUUUCCCCAAGAAAUCGCUUAUUUUAUUGGGCAGAGAAAAAGAAGGCAUUCCUGGUAAACUACUUAGCGAGCUUGAUUUUUGCGUUGAGAUCAAACAGGUUGGUGUUAUAAGAUCGAUGAAUAUUCAAACAGCUACUGCUAUUAUUGUUCAUGCUUAUUCCUGCCAACAUUGCUGA